AAAGUCAUCAAAAACCGUGUCACCCAUGUGGUAUUGGCGUACUGCAAUCUUCUUCCCGAGAUAAAAUAUAAAUCCCACUUCAUUUCUGAUAUCUGGAAGGGUGGUUAGAAUUUCUCUAACUCAGUAAUCACUUGAACAGAUCUUUAAGAAAUCCAUCCAUGGCAACCUCGCAUGAUGAAAAUUCUUGUGAUUCUGAUCUUUCCAGGGAUAGUGUACUUACCCGCCAUGGUUUGGGACAUUCUGUUCUUCAUCAGUAUCAAGGUUUUUGGUCGUACGCUAAAGCAAUAGAAAAUGUCAAGGAUUUCCAACAGAAUUUCAACGCUUUAGAUACUGAUGUAAUAAUAACCACGUUACCAAAAUCAGGUACCACUUGGUUGAAAGCAUUGGCCUUCGCCAUCGUUAAUCGAACCAGUUAUUCCCCUUCUUCUUCUUCUUCUCACCAACACCACCCAUUGCUUACAACCUCACCCCAUGAUCUUGUUCCUUUUGUUGAUUUUAAACAUCGUUAUCCGGCAAAUUAUAGUCUUCUUGAUUUCACUAAAACCAGUACCUGUCAUGAUUCCCCGUGCAGACUUAUAUCUACCCAUGUCCCUUACCCUUCUUUACCUGAAUCUAUCAAGAGUACUGCGACAGAUUGCAAGAUUGUUUAUUUAUGCAGAAACCCUCAGGACAACUUUAUCUCUCUGUGGCUAUUUAUGAAUAAGUUCAUAGGGACGAUGCAGGAGAACAACAGUGGCGAUAGAUCCCCGCCUCUGUCGAUUGAAGAAGCUUUUGAAUACUUCUGUGCUGGAGUGUCACUAUCCGGUCCAUUUUGGGAUCAUGUACUCGGAUAUUGGACAAAGAGCUUGGAGGAACCUCGAAAAGUAUUGUUUUUAAAGUAUGAAGAUUUGAAGAAAGAACCCGAGAUCCAUUGUAAGAGACUGGCAGAGUUUAUGGGUUGCCGAUUCUCCGUCGAAGAGGAGAAUCAAGGAGCGGUCGAUGAAAUAGUGAAACUAUGUAGUUUCCAAAACUUGAAGAAUUUGGAUUUGAAUAAGAGUGGAACUACCUCCAGGUUUCAUUUUAAAAAUGAAGAUUUUUACAGGAAAGGUGAGGUUGGUGAUUGGAAGAAUUACUUGACUCCUCCCAUGGUUGAAAGACUUGAUCGUCUCCUGGAAGAGAAGUUGCAGGGGUCUGGGUUAGUGUUCCCAAAUUAAUUUCCUUGAUGUCAGUUCUUUCUUCAGUAUUGUCAGCUUGUACUUUUGAUUUUUGUGGUUCUGUCUUGUGUCUUGCUUCUUGGUUGAGGGUGUGUAUCUCUAGGAGUCUGGUGUGUAAUCAUGUUUGAUUAGCGCUUCCACUGUGCUUUUUGUUAAUGGAUUUGAUUUCCCUCA